UCCACUUGCUUCUCAUCACUCCGUCCGUUAUUAUUCAUUUCUGUGUAUGGGCAAGGAGGGCUAACAUGGACUCUUUUGGUCUUUUUAUCCUUCUAAUGCUUCAGUGUUUCCAGUGGACAGCUGCCCACGCCGCUGGUAAGACUGAUUUAAGUCAUAAUAUGCAUUUUUGUGAGCUUUGUUAUGCUUUGAUAUUUAUGUUGUGAUUGUUUUUGAUGGUUAGUGUAUACUUGAGGAGUAAUAACUUUACUGAAAGAAUAGUUUCUGAGGACAAAACAUGCUCAGUUCUUUUUGAAUUGUUCAAAAAUAGCAAAGAUUAAAAUGAAAGUUUUCAUUAUUAGAAGAUAUAAUCAAAUCAUUAAAUCACACCAAAUUAACUCUUCAAACUUAGAGCUUUGUGAACUUGAAAAUAACACCUUAACUUAACUAAGACGAAACUAAGAGUUUUUGUCUUCUUUUAUUUCUUUCCAGAGGAUAUUACUUGGACCUACAAAGGUAAGUUCAAGUUUAUUUGUACAGCAAAUCUCAUUCAAAAGCCAUUUAAAGUCAGGCGCAGAGUAAUACAAAAAGACAACAUCAGAGGAGAUGGUAACCCGGAUAUAAUGUAUAAUCUGUGGCUACAUUUAUAAGAGUUUAAUGACCAGGAACCAAAUCCUGAAGUCACUUUUGAAACAAUGAGGUGAAAAGUUCAUGUUUUUUUUUGACUGAGUCUGUUGGUUCAUAUUUCUGAGUUUAAUGUCAAAUAAAUCAAAAAUCAGUACAUCCCAAUCUGACAUUGUCCUGAAAACAGUUUAAACUUUGGCUUUAAUUCACUUUUUCUCCAUAUUUAACCUUAUUUGAAAGCUUGUGUGAGUUUGAAGGGAUUUGUGCUCUCCCCCAUUUCAUUUCUUCUCCCUCUGUUUUCCCUUCUUCCCUCUCUGUCUGUAUUAGUUACAGCUCAACAGGCUGGCGUGAGCACAGCACUCACACAGAGAUGAUGAAGGGGUGGAGGGAGAUAGAGGAGGAAGAAAGCAAGAAAAAAAAAGGCAGAUAGAGCGAGGCGGGCAGAGGAGGGAGGCAGGUGCACGAGGGCGAGGGUGUCUGAUGGAGAGAGGGAGAUGGGACGGGAUGAAGCAAAAGCAUACCGAAUCGUGCUCUUGUUGCGGCGCACAAUAACCUAUGUGUUUAUUGUGUGGUGGACGUACACUGGCUGAACUAUGCUGUGGACAAUGACAUUGUGGGAAUGAAUGGGGCACACAGGCCGCUACCCUCUGCAUGUAGUCUAGAGGACAACACCAAUAAACAGUGCAUAUGGCAAAGUAUGGAGGCUGUGCCUGGGGCUAACUGGUAGCUAUAGACAGACUGUUGAAGGAUAAUUACAAUAGAUAUAAAGACAAGUGUACUGUGAAGAAGCAACUUGUGUAUGUUGUCAAAUUUUAUGGGCAAAGAUGUCUCUCAUUCUGAAAGGUCUAAUUAGAGUUUUUUGGUUCAAAAUUUGCAAAAGAAAAGUCACAAAGAUCUUUUCACAGUUUGCGCAUUGUUUAAAUCUCAAAAUCUGAGUGUGUGAGAGUCAUGUAUGUGAGGCGCACGUACAGAAUACAUCUAUAGGCAGAUCAGGCAUUAAAGCUUCUUAAGCAGUUGUUAGCUGGUUAGAGAGCAGAACGAAAUCAACACAGAUACCUAAUUUUGAGCCACAAAAGCAGAAGAAGAAAGAUUUGAACAGAGUAGUUGUGAAUGUUUACACCUGCUGCCGUAGAAUAGAUGUUGUGCAAGGUGGUUAACUUCACACUGCUGAACAAAAACAGCCUUUUACAUGAACAGCACAAAUCAGAAAAGAGAGGAGAGGUACUAAUUUGUCCACACAGGGGGGACUGAAAUUGACGAAAAUCAAACUUUUCUGAAUGAAUGAUAUGGGGGCGAGUGUAUUGUGCAGAAAAAUGGUGAGAAAUCUGAAGACUUAACAUAAGUGCACGCCUGCAGAGAUAGACUCAUUUUGAGCUGUGGGAAGUUUGUGCUUUGUGGUCCAGAGAUUCAUCCGCAGUUUGCAUCGUGCUCAAGUGUGAGUGUGUGUCAGGCAUGUUGUGUGACAUCUUAUUGCAUGAUGUGGCUGUUUUUGAGCUCGUUAGCUGCAGUGAAACGGUCCCUUUGUGAGGCUCAACAUUGUUCUUCCACACACAAAAGAGCUGAGUUGCACAGCUUCAGGACAUCAUGACAUUGAAGAUGGUCAACCCCACGUUCCACCGUAGCCUCAUCACACUCUGGUUGAGUGAAGCUGCCUAUGCGUAGGUGUGUGUGUGUGAGUGUGUCUUUGUUAUGUGUUGUAUUCAGAGCAGGGGUAACAUGCUAGGGCUGAGGUAGAGCAAGCGCAAAGGGUCAGGAUUUUCAGCCUCGGGUUACCAUGGAGACUUCCAUGACGACCGAUGGUGGGGCCACAGGACCGACUUUUGAAGUCGUGUCUUGGUGCAGGGCUUUGCUGUGGAGGGUGGAGAAAGGUUGGGGACAGAGAACAGAUUAGAGGUGGGGGUUGCUGGCAGCACGAGAGGAGGUGUGGUAUGUGUUGUUUACAUCUCUAAUAUUCUUAUUAACGGUGGUACAGGACUUAUAUUCAGUCCGGGGUUAAAUCACACUCACCAUUUUCCACAGCUAGAUAAUGUAAACAUGCUCACUACAUACAUUUGUAAAACCUGAAAUAGCGAGAUUCGUCCUGAAUCCCUUUUCUCGCACUCAUGCUGACACAUUUUUUGUCAGUGGUGUGCCGUUUUCUAAAGCAUUCCUCUCCUUUGCAAUUGAAAUUCAGAUUCUUUUCCUCAUUCUUUCUCUUUCAGAGUCUUUUUUUCUGUCUUUUAUUAAGCAAUGUGGGGAGAGUUUUUUUUUUUACCUCAGAGGACCAGGGCCUCAUUUACACUCCUCUCCCCUCAGUUACAUUGUCAAUAUUUACCUAUCAGUUUGAAAUAAAAAACACUAUUUUUGGACACAAACUGUUAUAUUUAUAUAUAAUUAGGAAUGUAAAAGGGGACAUAUUUUAAAGUGCUUACACAGUAUGCACAUAAUGUUCAUACGUACACAUCCUUUAUAAGACUAAUAUAAAAGCACUAGAUGUCAUGUUAACGCACCUUAAAACAAAAGACUAAUUUUGUGAUAUCUAUAUAAUAAUAUUUUCAGCCAUAAUCUAUUUUUUUUAUCUCUUCAUUUAAUGUAAGUUGGUUUAUUUUCUCAUAAAGCUUUAAUGAUGUUUUAAUUUUAUAAUUAGUGAUUAAAAAACUGGAAAAACUGUAUAUUCUACUUGAAAUUUCAAACAUUACUUUCGCAUGUUUGAAUAAAAUACUUGAAGUUUAUCUUGCACGUUAACGCCACAGAAACCUGUAAUGCUUAUUCAAUAAUUUCCUUUGUUUUACAAAUCUAUUUUCUGCAUUCAGUCAUAGAUCAAAAUAAUCUUGCUGCAGGAUAAAAAUUUUCCUUUAAAUUCCUUUUAAAGUUGCAAAAAUGUGAUUUUUGCAACUUUAAAAGGAAUUCUCUGUGAACAAACCGGUGUGUUUAUUUCUUGAAAAGCAAAAUGACAUAAUGAAAUCAGAGAAUAAUCUACUGUUUACUCGAGGAAGCUUACAGAUUUCUAUAAUUAUGGGAUUUGAACUGUAAAAUGAUCCCUUUUAUCCUUGAGCUUGCGGGUAACCAUGUCGGUGUGAUGUGCAUGUUUUCUUCUUUCGAGCUCGAUAUCCUUUUUUUUCUACCAUUACGUUAUUAAGCGUUCAAUACAACAAAGAGUUUUAGCUGAUAUUAAAAUUUGUUGCAAUCUUAUUGAGUCGGUAUAUAGCAAAGAGAGAACUAUUCCCCACCAAGCAUCACUGAAAACGUUGUCGAAACGUUGACUAAGGACAUAGAAAAAUUUCCUUUUUUUCUCUUUUGGCUUUUUAAAAUAUCAAAAUAAAGUUAUAGUUUAAUUAAUUUUGAUUCAGUCUGAGGAACAGGGGUCUGGAUUUGUCCUGCACUGUCAGCACUAUAAAAAGAACACUUCAUCUUCUAAAUGUUUCAAUCACGAAACCGAUUAUAAGUGGCUGACAUAACAGAUCACGCAAUCAUAACUGUCCCUGGAAAAAUGACAAUGAAACCAUAGCAUAAGUUUUUCAAGCGGACCUCCAUGAAGCUGUAAACUAGAGAAGACAUAGGGGAUUAAUUGUCUUGCAUAAUUACUGUCUGAUCAAUGGAGUCUUUUUUACUGGAUGACUGGGAGCCGGUGAGCUGUGUAAUUUCGUGACAUCACUGUUUUUGUCUUUCCCCUCUUGUCAAAGGCUUGGUGGGUCAGACCGAGUGGUCAGAGUAUUUCCCCGAAUGUGGAGGUUCUUCUCAGUCUCCCGUUGAUGUGGUAACCACACAGACAAAAUAUGACCCCAGUUUGAUCCCUUUGAACCCUCUGGGCUACGAUCAACACGGAAACAAGCCUUUUAUUCUCUCCAAUAACGGACACACAGGUAACUAUGGUGGCCAGUGGAUUUAUAGCUCUGUGUUCAAAUCUAUUUCAGGGUUAUGGUUGAUCUGUUUUUACUGCAUCAACCUCAGAUAUCACCUGGCAACAAACUUUUUACUCUGCUUAUAAUAAAUUCGAUAUUUCUUAUCAUUUAUAUUCUUUUACCUUUCUUCAUAUCCCAGGGUAAUAUUUCUCGUCAGACUAUCUUUCCUCCUUAUGUUUCUUCAGUGGUGAUUGAGCUGCCAGAGUGGAUGGGUAUCGGCGGGCUUCCAUGGCUCUUCACAGCGGUGCAAUUACACCUCCACUGGGGCAGCGGCGGGCCGGGCCACGGGGGCAGUGAACACACUAUCAAUGGACAGAGUGCCAAUGCAGAGGUCAGUGAGAAGUGAGAUGAUGGUGGACUGGAUGAAAGGCAGUUCAAUAUUUUUGACCUCUUGCAACAUCAAUCACUUAGACUUUAUUUGUAGAGAUAAAAAAUAAUAAUAAAAAAAACACAGGAUGACACUCACAGAUCAGCUAAGAAAUAAAUAACCUGAGAUAAAACAAAUAGAUAAUUAAAAUAAGAAAAGUAUAAGAUAAGGGUGAAUAAAUUAGACAAAAAUAUAGGGUAGAAACAAUAUAAAAUAAAUAAAUAAGUUGAUAAAUAGAGUCACCUGAAUAAGGUAACACUCAGUUAAAGCCACACCAAAAAGGAAGGUCUUUAGUUUGCUUUUAAAACUGUAAUACAGACUGUUAUAAUAAAGAGCUGGUAUUGAUCAAAUAUCACACAAAGAUUCUUCACCUGCUCACAUGGAUUAAAAGACAGUGCUUGAAGUUUUGUAUCCAGUCUCCUUCUCUGACAACUAAAAGCCAGAGUUUGAGUUGUAAAAAGUUCCCUGCCAUCCAUGACUUGAUCUCUAAAAUACAAUUAAAAAGGGAGUCAAUAGGCCCUGUAAACAUAAAGCUGUGUAUCAUCUGCAUAGCUGUGGAAGUUGAUGCUGUACCUCCUGAUGACAUUAAAAAAUAUAAAAUAUUCACAACAUACACCCACCGGCCACUUUAUUAGGUACACCUGUUCAAUUGCUUGUUAACAGAAAUAGCUUAUCACAUAGCAGCAUGUGAGCAUUUAGGUAUGUAGAUGUGGUCAAGAUAAUGUUGUGGUCUGAGUAUUUCAGGAACUGCUGAUCUACCUGGAUUUUCACGGUUCAGGCUGCUGCUGAUAUUGAUGUGAUGGUGUGGGGAAAAUUCUCUUGGCACACUUUGCGUCUCCUUAGUACCAACUCAGCAUGGUUUAAAAGUCACAGCCUACCUGGAUGUUGUUGCCGUCCAUGUCCAUCACAGUGUAUUCAUCUUCUAAUGGCUACUUCCAGCAGGAUAACGCUACAUGUCCCAAAACUCAGAUCAUCUCAAACUUGUUUCUUGAACAUGAAAGUGAGUCGACUGUACUCCAGUGGUCUCCACAGUCACCAGAUCUUAAUCCAAUCGAGCACCUUUGGGAUGUGGUGGAAUGGGGGGUUUACAUCAUGGAUGUGCAGCCAACACUUCAGCAGCGCCUGCGUGAUGCUGUCAUGUCCACGUGGACAAAAAUCUCAGAGAAACGUUUCUGACACCUAGAUGAAAGAAUGCCACGAACAAUUAAGGCAGCUCUAUAGGCAUGAGGGGUCCGACCCGGUACUACAAAAGUGUACCUAAUAUAAUGGCUUGUGAGUGUAUGAGGCUAUUGGAAUGAUAAUAAUACUACUUUACAGUUAGUGUCAUUUUUCUAAUGGAAAUGCAAACAGCAGCUCAAAUGUGAUGAACUGUUUACCUUGUGAGAAAUAAACAGAAUAAGUGAAGGUUUUAAAUGAAUAAAAUAAGCACAUCUAUCACCAUUGCUUCUAAAUGGACAUAUAUCUACAUACUCUGAAGUAACAAGAUUUGAGGCCUUCUUUCUGAUCUAUUCGCUGUUUAUAAAACCUGCCAUUACUAGAUUAGACCUGGCUCCUGCUCUAAAUUGGUGUAUCGCAACACUAUCAACAGUACUGAACUUUGAGAAUAAGCCAAAAAAAGAACUAACGAAAGAGGAAAAUAUAAAGUCUAGAUUUAUCAGGAAAAGAAAAAGAAAUAAUGUAGAGAAAAAUGUUUCUGUAAGUUGUCUCAGAGCUGCCGUUCCUGCCCAUCUGUCGGUGUGCAAGCUUGCCAACACACCUUUUCCUGGAGGGUUGGAGGACAGAGAGGUUUUAAAAGAACAGCCUUCCUGCAGAGUUGAUGAAAUGAUAGAGAGAAAAAUAAGGGAGAGGACAAUAAACCAGGCUUGCGUGAGUGGUCUUGUUACAUAAUGAGACAAUUAAACUCUUUUUCAUCCAGAUCAGUCUCCUCAACCCUCUUUCAUUUCUUCAGUCAUGCUCCUGUGAAUCAAUUUGGGUGUGCUCGCAGCUAUCUAUCUUAAGACUGAGAAGUCAGCAUGUCUUUUUGGUUACCGAUUUUUUGUCUUCCUUUCUCCAGCUGCAUGUGGUUCACUACAACUCUGAGCUCUAUCCGAACAUGUCCACAGCCCUGACAAAGAGAGACGGCCUUGCUGUUUUAGGGAUUCUCAUUGUGGUAAUAAAACAAUGCGAACAAACUAAAGCGAUACAUAACUUCAUUAAAGAAUAAGUAGUGACUGUAACCUUGUCCCAAACUUGUUAGCCUAAAGUUUGUUUUCCCAGACAGGUGAAGAGACCAAUCCGGGAUUCAACAGCAUCCUCAACUAUUUGAGCCGCAUCAGACACGCAAGUAUAUCAUAUUUAAUUCUUUAAAACAAACUUAGUGUUUAUUUUACAGAGAAUUCAAAAACAUAUAAAAAUGUAUUUCUAUUUAGCCAUUUUCAUUUUGGGAUCACUGAGAUAAUUUCCACCUCUGAUAAUCUCUGUAUCACCUCUUACACCUCCUGGCAGAUCAGAAAGUUCACAUCCCAGCCUUUGACGUCAAGUCUCUGCUCCCUAAGGAUUUAGGGCGCUAUUAUCGCUACAACGGCUCCUUAACCACGCCGCCGUGUUACCAGAGCGUCAUCUGGUCUCUGUUUCAUGAGAGGGUUCAAAUCUCAAAGGCACAGGUAAGACUGAAACACUGAGAUUGUUAAAGUGGACACAAUGUACCUAAACUGAUUGAUCGUGUCAGACCUGAUCACAUUUGCACUCUUCUGUUCUCCAAACGGAUCCAAGAUGCUUUGAUAUCCAAAGCUUUAAUAUUUCUGAGGUUGGAUACAUUUACCUUAGUUUGCCCAACACAAACUGUUGAUGUACUUAUUCACCGUCUUCUCUUCCACAACCCACAGCAAUGAUGUUUCAGAAACAGACUCGAAAAACAAUCACUGAAUUAUUCACCCAUAUCAACCGACACAUGCUAAUAAUCUCAUUAAUAAUCACGUUUGGAUCCAAUUUAAAUUUAGAAGAGUGUAUCAUUAAAUAUAUUUUGUUAUCUUUCACUAUUUUGUGAGUUUGAGUGGAAGACUGAACCUGAAAAAGACCCCGGCAUGAAUUUUUCUUUGCGAUGACUGUAUCAGGCAAGAAUGAGACCCUAGACACAGGUCUCCUCAGUCCCAGACAUUUACAUUUAGUGUUGUUAAGAGAAGCGGCGGUAAAAAUGCAUCUGCCAUGCCUUUUUUGAAACAUUAUUUGGUUGCUACAGUAUCAGAGCCAAUGUUAAACUUUGGUUUUCCUAUUCACUGUAAUUUAAGUCUGUAGAUUUUUCACUGCCUCCUCUCUACUUCAGUUUACCUUUUGUUUGAAGUUUGGUACAGCUCCGGCCUAAUUCUAUUAUCCAUCUCUCUUCUUUCUCUUCACCCGUCCUUUGCAGCUGCUGAGGAUGGAGACGUUACUUUACUCAAGCAAAUCUGAAGAGCCAGACAGGAUGCUGCUGCAGGACAAUUACCGUGCAACGCAGCCGCUCAACCACAGGGUCGUCUUCGCCUCCUUCACUGCAGGUCAGACAGACCACAUGAUGAGAGUAAUAUCUGUUUGUGCUUUAAAUGAAGUCUGCAUUUCUAGUAAUAGUGAAGCUGACGAAUAACUGCUGUGAUCACCAGUAUUUUACUUAAAAAACAACAUGUCCACCGCUGGAAUGUAACACCAGCUUGCUGCUCACAAUGCAAACCAUUACAAGCCAGAGGGUGCAGACUGAAGCUUGCAAUAAGCACCACCCGUGCAGAGCACAGAAAGUGGAAUGCAUAAAAAAGAAGGAUUACCUAUAACUUUGCCCGAGGUAAAAAUCUAAGCCUGACAGGACAGACAGAAAGUCAAAAAUAAAGGCAACUGGUGGGAAAACACGAGGAGCUGUGUUUGUUUGGGGGCUGAUUAGAGAGGAGGAUUUGCAAAAACUGAACACUGACUCCAUUGUUAGCUCGCACGUCUCACUGAGGAAAGAGGGAGAGGAAGAGGAGACACAGAGGAGUGAUAGAGGGAGACAGAGUGGUAGACAAAGACAAAGAAGAGGGAAUUUGUGUAAAGUGCCUUUUGUGGUGAGUGAGUGAACUGGAAGGCCUGUGAAAUCAGCACUGCUGUCAAAAGCAGCAAUGGUGACCUGACAUAACAUCUUCAACCAGCUGGAUUGCAGAUUCUGCUGACAUAAACCAACAGAUCAGUGUCCAUCAGCUAUGAGGAGGAAGGAUAAAACAGAAAUCUGUGAUUUUCUAACAAAUUCAUUUUUCUUUGUUGUAGAAUCAGGGCAGGAGCUCUCCUCCGGUAAGAUUGUCACUUUCAUAUUAUCCUAUUAUUAAAGUCGUGCAAUUGAUGCUUUUAAAAGUUUUCCUUCUUCUUGGUAACCUCUGUGUAUUUUCCUGCUGCAGGUGAAGUCACAGCUAUAGUAAUAGGAGUGAUGUGUGGCUGCGUAGGUCUGGCAGUGAUUGUUCGCUUCAUCGUAAAGACAAUACGGUAAGAAGCUGAAACGCAUUCAUAUCAGCAGCCCGUUUGCUGCUCUGUUUCUGUUGGCUGGAGCUGAGUCUGGCCACCAGUCUUCUGCUUCUCUGGUUUUUACUGGGCGACCUGGAGUAACUCUCACUUUGAACGUCUCUUCUUGACCUCUAUCUUUCAUAUCUUGGCAGAUUUUUUACCAUCCUCCACAACGAAACAGUCGCGGUAAACAGGUGGUUUACCUGAUAACAUAACUGACAAGGAUGCGUGAAUUCACUACUGACAGUUUUUUAAUGAAAUGUUCCUUUUUUGCUGCACAAAUAUCCCUGAAUGCUGAUCAAGGGUCAAUAUUAUGUUGCAUUAUUUAAAUUAACAAAGAAGUAAGGCUGAAGAAGAACCUUAUGUUGUCAAAUUUAAAAUAGAAAUAUUAUAGAUUAAAGUCAAACACCACAGAGACUAAGUCUAAUCAACAUUAGUAUGGUAAGGGCCUGUGUCCACUUACAGCGUGUUUUGCUAGUAGCAUCUACAGCAUCUAUUUCAGAGCACCUCUUCCUGGAGUUUAAUGUUGCUAGGUUACAAAGGUUUUGCCACGACAUUUCCACUUCCCUUAGUCAUUUGGUUCUAAUGCUCUGUGUGCUUUACCUUUGAAAUGGAAGCUAAAUUGGUGCUAAUGGCUAGCCUCAGACAAUUUUUGCAAAGGUUUAACUUGAGUCAUUUUGUGUCUUUCUUAAUAUCACUGUAAUAGCUGAAAUAAUGGUCAAAUAAAGAGUUUUUAGAGCAACAAAUUAUACAAAUAUACACUUAUAUAGGUGUCCCAGACCGACAUAAUCGAAGAUGAAAAUGAAUGUAACAUAUCCCCUUUAAAAGCAACUCGUAGAGAAAUUGUGUUGAAGCAUCAGCAGUAGUCUUCAAAAGUGCGUGGUCAACUACGAGUGUCGUUAGUUUCUCUCAUGUUGGACCUUGACCUUCACUGUUGACAAAGUUGAUAUUAGAAGUGUCACCCCUCCUUGAUUUGAAAUGAUUGGUAAUAAAGUAGAAGACAGAGACAGUGUCCCAAAAGUUGAACUAUUUUCAAAUGAGAGGACAAUGACAAAAAAUGAGCAAGUGAUGCUGAGAUUGUUUUUGAACUUGAGAUUUUAACUGCUGUUGAUGGUAAAAUACAUUAGUUUGUUCUGAAAAGUAGACACUGCCAAUGAAAAAAAAGGCAUUAAUGGAAACAGGCCCUAAAUGUUGAUGGCUGCUUUUGGUCCACAAAUUUAUAUAUGUACCAGUCAAUAUGAAAAAGUUACAUCUAAUUACAUCUACACGUGUCGGUGUACGCUGUGUCUACAAGAGAACUGACAAAGUGGGAAUGCUUCAGCUUAGUGUACAAGAAAACAUGAUCUAAAUUAGACGAAUGUGCAUUUAUUCAGACAAACUCAGUCAGGUGAAAAAGAUCUAAUUAUAUAACAUGUGCUGGCCAGGAUUUAGUGUUGGUUGGGCUCUUAUAGAGAGUUGGUAUAUGUGUAAUCCUCUUUGAAAGAUUUCCACAUUGACAUUUAAGCAACUUCUAAGAUCAGCGCUUAGGAUCAUCUGAUACUCUUACCUCUGUUGCUGUAACAUUGCUGUUACCUAACUCUCUUUGCAUACUGUCUCACCUAAAUAAAAAUAUGUUUUGAUUUUCCCUGAGUGAUUCAAUCGACUGCUUCGAUCAUGGGUUCCCAAAGAUCCUGAAACAUGAAAAUUGAGCCAUGGUGCAAAAUCUUUGAGUCUUAAGUAUUGAGGACUGAAACUAAAUGAGGUUUCAAAGUGAGAUACGCAAGAAAUCUUGCUCUCACUGUCCAAUGUGGGAAAAAAAGACUAAGAUCUCCAGGGGACUCUACAUCCUACUUUGGGAACCCUUGACGUGAAGCAGUAGGAAUAAGAUUUUUUGAUUAUUGCAAACCCUCUCUUUGAAAUGUUCAAUCUCUCUGUUUUGGUCAUGUGAUUUUGUCUCCUGAUCUGCGACAGCUCUACCUCUAGCUGGGAUGUCCUACACAAUAACCGGCCCGCUCCCAUGCCAAGGUUACUGUUCGAAAUGAUCACCUUUGACCUCAACCUUCACUUGACCACUUCUCUUUACAUUAACCACUCAUUCAUAGUGACUGAUCCUUCUGAGCUAGACUUUAACCCCCCUUAGAUUAUUAGAGCUUAAAGACAUUCCUCUGACUGAGAAGAGAGUUCUUUUAUACAUGUAUGUACUGUGUGGACUGUAUGGACCGUAUGUACAUUACAUACUUACAGCAAAUCUCACACAAUUAGCUGUCUUCAACAUUCUUCAACACCAUCAGUGAGACGUCACCAGAUCAAUCCUUUAAUCUUGUAGUUUUGUCAGCUGCUUUUUCAAACAGUGCAUAUACAGUACAGCCACAAAUGUUCACUUAACGCAGGCUUAGUGGCUGUUUCCACUACAGCAUUAACACAACUCUUUUGUUUGUUUCUUAUAACAAUAAUUGAUCAAACUUAUAAAUAACCUAAAUUGAUUGUGUAUGUAUUUUCUGGCUAGCAGCUUUUAAUUCAACAUCUAAAACUCCACCCACGAGCUACCAGAACCCUCAACUUCCUUAGCUUUCCAUGCAUUGCUUGACACACGAGGACCUCUGCUGGACGUCGUAUAAAAACCCCACCUGGCAGCUAACAUGGAGUGAAUGAGAUGACUCUAACUUUUUGCUUUUCGUGUUACAGGGUGAAGGACCCAGAAAAAGCAAAAGAGAUCAAACAAGACACGGCUCUGAACUCAGCAUCUGCAGGAGAAAAGAAAGAAGAGCCAUCAUCUUCCCCUCAAACAGAACCUUAGGCGACAGCACAGUCAGAUUCAGCUGUUCUCGCCCAGAUACUCGCCAACCGUCUUUAUCGAUGAUACACACCACCUCUUAGGAGGAAGGAAAGACAACUUCUCAUGUUAACGUUAUACGAGGAAAAACAUUUUAUCGAAUGAGAAGUAAACUGGAUGUAGGAGAAAUCGUCUCUGUUUUUGUUGGUUUGUUUUCCACUUAAAUCCAGAGAUAUGGGCUUUCUUGGUAACAGACGUUUGCACAGAGGCACUUGGUUGAAGCAUGUUGGAGUUUUGGCUCCGGGUCAUGUGUUUGCUUCAUGUAAAUAUGAUUCUCUGGUUCACCUCUUCGACUGUUGUUAAAUCUUAUUAUUCCGGCCAUGAAACACACGCACACAGCAUUGUAUGAAAUGUCAUAGACUUGUGAAAGUUUUACAAAUGAUUUCGUACUGAGUGUAAAAAAAUAUGAUUUUCUUUUGCACCAAUUUUAGAGCACUGACACAAAUUGUACAAUAUGAGACACUGGAGGGGGAGGAGGAGUGGCUGCUGAAGGCCUUGAGGGAUUUACAUGUCAUGUAUGAAUUGAUCAUUACGGCUCUAGAGCCCGUUAUGCACAUUAUGUUGUAAAUGAAUCAGUAAUAUUUAUGUACAUGUGUUUGUUCUACUUGAAAAAUGAUUCUUUGAUUCAGAUGUCGUGUUUGUCUGAUUGAUUUUUUUGCUGUAUAUAACUCGUCAAAGUGGGCACCUCAAUAAAAUACUUGAAUCAAGUUGAA